CUUUGCAGGAGAGCAAAGAAUUAUUUCUCAUGAUUCUUCUUGCUGGGGACAGAGUCAGAUAAGAAGAGGAAACAUUCCUCUAAUAAACAUUGUUACAGAGACUUUUGUCCUUUUGAGCUUUCCCUGCCUUUGGAAUCAUCAUCAAAGAAUAGGAAAAAAAUAAUUUUGAGUCCACUGUCUGCUGACACUGCCAUGGAUUUGCUUAAAGCCAUCAGCACACCUUUAGCCCCAGGCUCUAAAUCAGCUAAAAGGACAUUGGAAAAAUCAUCUCAUUCUUCAUUCAGUGCUCCUGGUUAUUCAGAGGGUAAGAAGGAACAUCACAAGAAGAAGCUGAGUGGAAGCAGUGAUCCACCCUUGGAUGAUGGUACUUUCCACAAACCCAAAAAAAUAAAAACCCCAUAUGUAAACACUGAAAUGCUGACCUUACGUGAGCCUGACGGCUUAAAAAUGAAGCUAAUCCUCUCACCAAAAGAGAAGGGGGGAAGCAUAACAGAAGAUCCCUUUCCACAUUCUGGAGCUACAAAAAAGGGCUCUAAGAAGUCUAUUCGGGAUGAACAAAGCUCGUUGCUCCCAAGCCAUGAUACACACAGCUUCUUGAAAUCAUCCCAUAAGAAGCACAAGCCACCUCCAGACCCUCACCCCAUUCCUACUGCUGAGGGCUUUAGCCCAGACACAUCCCUCUUCCCGGAAGGCCAAAGCAGUGACUUUGAGCUUUCAAGCCUGGAACCACAAAUGGAGUCUGGAUCUUCAUCCGGAGGUGAGUUGGAAGCUGGAGAACUAGUAAUUGAUGAUUCAUAUCGGGAGAUAAAAAAGAAAAAGAAAUCAAAGAAGAGUAAAAAGAAGAAGGACAAAGAGAAACACAAGGAGAAAAAACAUUCUAAAAUGAAGAAGAGUGCUGGACUCUCUUUAUCACCAGCAGCAGCAGAAAUAACACAACUGCCUGUUUCUCCAACCAGCAUCCAGUUUGCUAUACCUGCCCCUCCUCCUCCUCCCCCACUGCCGCCACCACCUGUUUUCUAUGCAGAUGGCCAGAAUGAGAAAAAGAAGAAGAAAGAAGAAAAAGAGAAGAUUGAGAAAAUAGAAAAAGAAAAGCCAAAGAAGAAAAAUAUGUCUGCCUACCAAGUAUUCUGUAAGGAGUAUCGUGUGAACAUUGUGGCUGAGCAUCCAGGAAUAGAUUUUGGUGAGCUGAGCAAAAAGCUAGCAGAGGUUUGGAAACAGCUUCCAGAGAAAGAUAAGCUGGUUUGGAAGCAGAAGGCUCAGUAUUUGCAACAUAAGCAGAAUAAAGCAGAGGCUACGACAGUGAAGAGAAAAGCAACUUCAUCAGAGGGUGCCCCAAAAUUUAAAGCUUCUCUAACAAGUGUGCCUUCACCCCAUAAAAAGUCGCCAACUAGCCCUGUGGUAUUACCCUCUUCACCGGUGAAGGUUCCUGAGACAGAUCCCAUAGAUGUAGCUGCACAUCUGCAAUUACUGGGAGAAUCUCUGAGUCUUAUUGGCCACAGGCUGCAGGAGACUGAAGGAAUGGUAGCUGUAUCAGGAAGUUUAUCAGUACUCCUGGAUUCAAUUAUCUGUGCCCUAGGCCCUUUGACGUGCCUGACAUCCCAGUUACCUGAGCUAAAUGGCUGCCCCAAGCAUGUUUUGUCAAACACAUUAGAUAAUAUUGCCUACAUAAUGCCUGGACUCUGACAGAAAAGGGAGCAUGGAAAGUAAUCUACCGUGCAACUGGUGUGUGUACAUAUAUAUUGCAUUCUUCAAGUCUCAACCUACAGAAUUUUAAAGUUUUUUGUCAAUAACUGUUUAACUUGAUUUUAUGAAAAGUCCUGAACUUAAUUUGCAAGAAUUGGAGGAUGUUUUCUUAAGUCUGUGUGUUUCUAUAUAACUAGAAUUUAUUAAUCUUUUGAUAUAUCAGCCUUAAUAGGAAAGAAAAAAAGUUGAAUUAUUUUAAUUAGAAAGCAAGUUUGGUGCAAACAAGUGCCAUGGACCCAGUACCACUAAUAUUUUAGAUAUAAAAUAAUACUUCUCUAAGUGGAGACAGUUGAAUGGAGGAGAAAUUAUUUGCAUGUUGUUAAAAGUAAUCUGGGAAAAUGUUUUUUGUCUUAUCCCUAAAGAACUGUUAUGACAUUAGGACUUAUUAAAUGUUCCAUUCGUUGGUUGGCAGGACUACAUACAAAUUUGGGAGUGAAUGAAUCAACUCAUUAAAAUGGCUACUUCUUUGAUGUGACUGCUUAAAGCAGCUGUAUUUUUCCCAAGACACAGUUGCUUUAAUAAGUAGCAGAGAAGUGCUAAUUCAUGUUCAUUCAGGUUCUGAAGCAAUUCUUCCAAAAUUUUCAGAACAUGUACAGCACUAAUAAUUACUGUAUAGAAAUGCAGUAUUUCACACAAUGCCCAAAUUAUGAGAGAAAAGGAAGAAGAUCCCUAGUCCACAAUUCCCAGCUCCAGGUUCUUCACAUUUACAAAACAGUGGCUAAAAAUACUGUCAUAGAAGGCAAGAGGGUCCCCCCAAUAAUUCAAAUUAGUUUAGCAUUCUUACUACCAGCAGUAAACUGACUUCUUUCUCUUGUGGUGCUAAUAUUCAUGUAGAGGCAGUUAGAACAGUGAUAUUUAAGGACUUACUAAUAAGAGGGAGAGAAAUCCAAUAUCCCAGCACAGGCUUUAGUGCUCUGAAUCUUUUCUUCUCUACGAAAGCACUUUGUACUCCAUAGGAUUAAAUAUGGCAUUCUUAACAUGGGUAUUUACAUUUUCCUGUACAGAAUGUAUUUUUGUAUAUAGCUGUAAUUAAAACACAAAAAAUUCUUUGCAUUAAUAUUGUUCAGAAAACAUGUAUUGAUUUUAUCAUAUGUACACCCUUGUCAGAAUUGAACAUCAUGUUUUAACAGGUAUUGAUUCAAAAGAUUUUGAAUUUUUUUAAAGAAGUAUUCAAAUGGAAAUAGCAAUAGUGGGAUUGAGGAAAUGGAUGAAACAAAUCUUAAAAUGCAUAUUGUAUGCCAUGUACCCUUAUCAUAUAGGAUUUAAAAAUCUUAAAACAAUAGAAAGCAGGAUAAUUUUGAGUCCAAGACUAAAUAUAUUGUUUUCCUAGGCUCUUAGAGUGGAUAUUUUUUCAUAUUGGUAGGGUAUUAAAUUGACUGGUUUUCCAUAAUUUCCCUUUAUACUUCCUCUAAAUAAUGAAGCAUCCCCUCCCCCAUUCCUAUCCCCUAGUUAAACCUGAAGGCUAAAGUACUAUAUUGUAACUAAAUUCAUGUGCUGGGGCUAAUGACUUGGGUUUUUCAAAACUUACUCAGAUCUGACAUUAUUUGAACAGUGCUACAAGCAGUAUAAGAGCCAGUUUGGUGUAGUGGUUAAGGCAUCAGGCUAGAAACUGGGAGUCUGAGUUCUAGUCUCGCCUUAGGCAUGAAGCUGGCUGGGUGACCUUGGGCCAGUCACUCUCUCAGCCCAAGGAAGCAAGCACUAGCAAACUACUUCUAAAAAUCUUGCCAGGAAAACUGCAGGGACUAGUACAGGCAGUCGCCAAGAGUAACUGACUUGAAGGUGCAUGCACACACGCAUAAGCAGUAUAUGAGCAAUGAAGAAGAUCCAUCUUUGGAUCUGGGCAUUUAGCAGAAUCACUUAGUUGCAUUUAAUGCUGUGUCCCUGCUUUUGGCAAACUCUUUUAAGGUUUCAGUCAUUGAGCGGAGAAAUAAAUUAGGAGCCUGGUAGCACCUUUUCCAACUAAAAAAAAAAUUAACAGGCAUAAUCAGAUACUUCACAUCUGAUUAAAUGAGCUACAGCUCACAAAAGCUUAUGUUUUCAAUAACAUUUAUUAGUGGUACUACCAGACACCUGACUUUUUGCCACUAUAGACUAACACAGCUGCCCUCCUAUGAGUGGAGAGAGGCAAUUUUUGCUGAUGUCUUCCUGUCCUGUGCUAGCCCACCAACAGAUAUAUCCAAAUCUGCUACAAAAGCUUGAUAAAAUCAUUCAGAACAACACAGGUGAGCACUGGAUCAAAUAAUCUUCUGUCAGUUAAAGGCUUUAAUUCAUAAGGAGACAUAAUAUUUGGCUAAAUUUUCAACAUCUUGGAUUAAACGCAAGAUCUGCUUCACAUUUGUCAUUUGCAUUAUGGUAGACGAUGUUUUUAAACACACAAAUGUACUUGAUGUACUUUUAUUUAAAAUUUGUACACAUUUGUAUAAUAUAUAUCUUGUCAUGUUUGAUAUUGGAGGGCUUUGAAUCUAAAUUCUUUUGUUUUUUUAUAAGUUUGUUCCUGCAUUUAGCUUUCUUGCUGUUGUACAUAAACUUUUUUAUACCUGGAAAUUUCAUUUUGAUUCAUUUCGUAUUUCUAUUUCUUCCCAGUAUUUCAUGUACAGGUUUUUCAGUAUCAGAAAAUUAUGUAUGCCAUCAGUCUGAUAUCCUUGUAUGAUGAUCGUAUCAUACAAACCAUAUCCUUAUACGAUGACCACCUAUGUGUGUGCCUCUAUAGGAUUCUGUACUCUAUGCCAUCUUUUUAAUUUUCUCAUUCUGCCUCAAGUUUAUUGUAGUUUGAAUUCAUUCAGUGUGGUCUUCCAGGAACAAUGGUUAUAAACUCUUCAGCUGUAAAUAAGUUAGUAGUUUUAAUGUGAGAUUUGUGGGUCAGUCUGUAGGCAUUCGUAACAAUCUAGGUCCUGAAGUGGCCCACACCAAGUUUUGAAAAGCAUAGUAUUUACUUAAAGUUUGGUAACUUGAUCUGUAACAGAUCAACAUGUAGAUACAUUCUAACAUUGCUUUUUACACAAACUUGAAGAUUGUUUUAAAAUGGAAAACUUUGUCCCCAUAUGCUUCAGCAUAUUGAGCAAAUCGUUGCUAUUAAAGUUCUUGGCAAGAAA